GUUUGUGGUGGUGGUGGUGGUGAUGGUGUGUGUCUGUGCGUAUGGUGUGUGGUGUGGCAUGUGUGUGUGCUGGUGCAUGUGGUGUGUGUGUAUGUGUGACUAAAAAGCCCUUGAAGGCUCAGUACUAGAUCCUUGGCUGACCUGCCUGACAGACAUCAGUCCUGAGAGAAGUCUAAGUGCAGUUAAUCAUUUGUAACAGGUCUAAUUCCUUACUAGGCACAGGCUCCCUCCUUUCCAAGCUGGUCCACUCCGUAGAUCUGCCCUCAAGCCUUCUCUAGUGCUGCUAAGUGCUACCCUCUCUGCCCAGAUCUGAGGUCUGCAGGCUUCCUCCCCUCUGGAAGCCGCUCCUUCAUCCUCCCACAUUCUGAUCUUAGCUCCAAGUCCAAGAGCAGGGACAGACAAAGCCAGAGGAUGCUGUAGGCUCAGGAUGCUUGAUAAUGGCUUACUCUCCUGUCUGCGUUCUCCCAGAGGCUCUGUUGGUCACCCAACAGAUGUAGCCCAGGCCACUAUCCAUGGGCAAUGAGCAUGUGAGCCUCACUUCCUUAGACCACAUUAACAGGGCAAACUGAGCAAAUGUGUGAUUGCGGUCUCUUGGCCUCUCGGAGUGUAGGCCUGAUCAUUUUGUAGGAAAGGAAGUUAAAUGGAUCUUCUUCCAGGGUUUUCUAAAGGAGGAUGAGGAUGCUGCCCACCGUCCAGGCUGUAGCAUGUGCACUGGCCUGCCAAGCACCACAAGUUUCGUUGAUGAUUGAGAUGCCUGGUGCUGUGGCCAUUUAGCCCAUAGGUUGUGAGUCUGGCCACUUUCCGUUACAUACAUGUAAAGGCAUGCUCUUGCUUGGAUUCAGGGGUUGGGAGAGCACCCAUGGAGGGUACUGCUGAGCUCUCCAGCCUUGGAGGAAGACACAGGUACAGAAGCCAGGCAUGAGAGCUGGGUGGUGUGGGAAGAGAAGGCUGCUGCUCCUGUGGUCCUAAGCAGUGUGGAUGGACACUUCUGCCCCUCCCUGGCUAUGCCACUCUCAGGGUUGGGAGAAGAGAGCUUCUUCAAAUCAGGGAGGCUCCCUUCCAGUGUUAUGACUGCCCAGCUCCUGGCUGGGAGUCCUCUCCCUACACUGAGCGGCCAUCAAAGACCCAAGAAAGAAAGUGAGACUUAGAGAACUGGAGAACUAGCGUGAGACUCAGGAGAUGGGACAUGAUUCUAUCUCCAAUGCCUGGGCCCAGUGAGUUCUGUGGCGGGGAGCCGUCGGGGAGUUGCUUACCCAUGUGCAGUGGCGUGCCCACAGGACCCGCACACACACUGUAGGGUGAGGGAUAGGGCAUCCUAUGGGUAGCAUGCUCACAGGAUUCUCUUGACUGCCGUUUGGCUAGUCUAGAGUACCCAGAAUGGCAUGGUCUCGGGGUCCUCGAGUAUGAUGCAGGGUGAGUUCUAGGCUCUGGCUGUGAUGUGAUAAGGGUGACGCAGCUGGUGAAGAAGCCAGCCACCCAGGCUGGGGCCUUUGGCCCAGUCAUGUGCUCACUGUGUGACAGUGAAAUUUAGCUUCGUUUUCCUUGCCAGUCAGCUAGUGGGUAAUGAUACUUCCCCGCAAGGCAGUAGGGAAAGAUCAUGAAAGUUAACGUAUGUGGAUGUGUUACACAUGCUGUAUAAACACAAGAAGCAGCGCCUACACAGUGCCUCCCAUGUAAUAUGAGGAGGGGGGGGGAGCAAACCGGUUGGCACAGACUAUAUGUUUCUUAUUAGUUUAAAACAGAGCGCACACACACAAACACACUCUCCCCCUCACGCUGGCUCACAGCGUGAUGACAACCAUGUUGAUGUGAUUGAAAGCUGGCGGGAUGACUUUUCACGGCUUCCCCACUACUGGGGCAGGAAUGGUCCCCUCGGGGAUUCCGGAGCAUCUGGCAGGUUUUCAGACUUGGGGGGGGGGAGUCACGUGGGCAGAACGGUGUGCCUACCUACUAUGUGCUUGCACACUGUCCUUGAGGGAGCUCACGUGCUGUGCCAUGCUCAUCAGCUGAAAGCAGGCCUCUGUUUCUUCCCAGCUGGCUGGCAUUGUUUAUGCAGUAGGCUUUUACCAAGUACCUCAUUCAGAUAUGAGGGUCACAGCAGGGGACUAGACCUGGGCUUCCCUUUCAUUCCUAAGGCUUUGUGGAGAGGAAGACAUUUAGGGUCCAUAGGGAAAAUCAAAGCCAUUGAGGGGUCUGCUCCUGCCUGGGCCAAACACUGCAGUGUCACAAGGUGGCCUAUGCCUCAGUCACUAGAGCAUCGACUGCCCCCUUCCCCCCAUCCCAGGGGGGAGCUUUCAUGAGCACAUUGCAGGCACCCGCUCCCUGUUCUUUCUGCAGCCUCAGUUGGGUCUUAAGCACCUUGGGUACCCAGAGUUGCCACACUCGGAAUCACCAUGAUUUCUAACUUCACAAACAGCCGUGUGAAUGUGGCAGCGGUGACCAAAAGCCCAUCCCUGUCCACACCAGCCACAGAGGGACUGUUCUUACUCAUUCUGCUGACUGCUGAAGUUCGAAUUGGGGAAACCACUGGCUAACCCUGGGCCUCGGUUCUCUGGUCACUGAAAUGUGACAGCCACUCUCAAUUCAGAUGGCAUCCACCAUCAUAAAAUGACACAAAAGCUCACUAGCCCCAUCACCCUCAGCUCUGGUCACACGCCACUGUUCCCGGGCAUACCUUCGUUCUUUCAGGGUUUCAAGCAAUUACUCUCCAGAUAUUUUUGGGGUAUCCCGACUGUGUUCCCAGUGGUGUUUUAGUGCCUGGGUUAGGGCAUCAGUAGAUGUAGUCCAAAUCCUGAUGUUAAAAAGCUUGGUGCCCUAUUUACUUUUCUUUCUUUUUUUUUUUUUUCCGGAGCUGGGGACCGAACCCAGGGCCUUGCGCUUCCUAGGCAAGCGCUCUACCACUGAGCUAAAUCCCCAACCCCGCCCUAUUUACUUUUCUAUUGCUGUGACUUAUCACCAUGACCAUGGCAACUUAAAAAAAUAAAAAGUUUAAUUUGGGGCUCUAAGUUCCAGAGGGUUGGAAUCCAUGAGCAGUGUGGCAAGGAGCGUGGCAGCAGGCAGCCACGGAACUAAGUGGGGCAGUGACUGACAGCUCACAUCCUGAGACACCAGGAAUGAUGGGAGUCUUUUGAAACCUCAAAGUCAGCUUCCGGUGACACACCUCCUGAUCCUUCCUCCACAGGUCUACCAACGAAGGAUCAAGUAAAGCAGUCAAAUGUAUAAGCCUACGGGGGACAUGCUCAUUGAAGCCAGCACAUCAGGUGAAGCCUGGAACAAGACUUUAAAGGGUUUCUGGUCUUCCAUGCUGCUCACUAGAAAAGAGGCCCUGAACUGUACUCUCCCUGUAGCUGACUAGAAGUGUUUCUGGCCCAGCUGGAAGUGAGAAGAGGGGGCUGAACCCCCUGAAGACCAUCCUAGAGGCGGUGGCAUCAUCCAACAAUCCUCCAUGUGAAUCAAUCCCAUGAUGCAACAUGCCUCCCCAGCCCCAGCUCUGACAAUGAUGGCCACGCAGAAUGUCCCUCCCCCACCCUACCAGGACAGCCCCCAGAUGACAGCAACUGCCCAGCCACCUUCCAAGGCCCAGGCUGUUCACAUCGCAGCACCCUCAGCCACCGCCAGCACACCUGUGCCCAGUGCCCCCAUUGAUCCCCAGGCCCAGCUUGAAGCAGACAAGCGAGCUGUGUACAGGCACCCUCUUUUCCCGCUCCUGACGCUGCUGUUUGAGAAAUGUGAACAGGCCACCCAGGGCUCAGAGUGCAUCACCUCCGCCAGCUUUGAUGUGGACAUCGAGAACUUUGUCCACCAGCAGGAGCAGGAACACAAACCCUUCUUCAGCGAUGACCCAGAACUGGACAAUCUGAUGGUGAAGGCGAUCCAGGUCCUGAGGAUCCACCUGCUAGAGUUGGAAAAAGUCAAUGAACUCUGCAAGGACUUUUGCAACCGUUAUAUCACCUGCCUCAAAACCAAGAUGCACAGCGAUAACCUGCUCAGGAAUGACCUCGGGGGGCCCUACUCCCCCAACCAGCCCUCCAUAAACCUUCACUCACAGGACCUCCUGCAGAAUUCCCCCAAUUCCAUGUCUGGAGUCUCCAAUAACCCCCAGGGAAUUGUGGUCCCAGCCUCAGCACUCCAGCAGGGCAACAUCGCCAUGACAACCGUCAACUCACAAGUCGUGUCAGGUGGAGCCUUAUAUCAACCGGUUACCAUGGUAACCUCCCAGGGUCAGGUGGUCACCCAAGCAAUCCCCCAGGGAGCCAUCCAGAUCCAGAACACACAGGUUAACCUUGACCUCACCUCCCUCCUGGACAAUGAGGAUAAGAAGUCCAAGAACAAACGAGGAGUCUUGCCCAAGCAUGCCACCAAUAUAAUGCGUUCUUGGCUCUUCCAGCAUCUCAUGCACCCCUACCCAACCGAAGAUGAGAAGAGGCAGAUUGCAGCCCAGACAAACCUCACCCUCCUGCAAGUAAACAACUGGUUCAUCAAUGCCAGGAGGCGCAUCCUGCAGCCCAUGCUUGAUGCCAGCAACCCAGAUCCUGCUCCCAAAGCCAAGAAAAUCAAGUCUCAGCACCGGCCCACCCAAAGAUUCUGGCCCAAUUCCAUUGCUGCUGGAGUCCUGCAGCAGCAGGGUGGCACCCCAGGGACGAACCCUGAUGGUUCCAUCAACUUGGACAACCUGCAGUCCCUGUCCUCAGACAAUGCCACCAUGGCCAUGCAGCAGGCAAUGAUGGCUGCCCAUGAUGACUCCUUGGAUGGGACAGAAGAAGAGGAUGAAGAUGAUAUGGAGGAGGAGGAAGAGGAGGAGGAGGAGCUGGAGGAGGAGGAGGCUGAUGAGCUACAGACAACAAAUGUCAGCGACCUGGGCUUGGAACACAGUGACUCCCUGGAGUAGUCAGGCAGCCCAGAUGGCAUUGGUCACCGGGCAGGAAAGGAGUGUCAUCAGGAGGGUUCAGGGUGGGGGGAAGGGAAUAUGGGCAGGCAGCAUUAAGAAAGUUGGGCCCUAGCUUCCCCGGAAUCAUAGCUUGAAGAAAUGCAGAGACACCCUGUUCCUUUCCAACCACCAAGCUUCAGUGAAAACCUAGUCCCAGACCCUCAGACUGCAGUGCACUCCAUUGCCGGGGGCCAGUCAAACAGCCUGUGAAGAAAGACAGCUUGAGAUCUGGACUCACCACAAACCGGAGGACAGAUGACACCCGUGGCUCCACACGGAAAAGGACUUGAGUUGUUUACAAGCCCUGCCCUGUGAGGUGGACAGGCGCUAUUUGCAGAGUGGACCUUUGCUAAGGGGCAGACUUGGGAGGGAAGGAUGAGAGAGAAGGGGUCUAACAUUUUCCCCCAGGAGAAUCUGAGCUCCCUUGAAAGACACUCAUGGACAGGAGGGAGCCUAAAUGCAUAACCAGUGGCCAGAGGAGUAGGAGGGCCUGAGACAACACCACACACUGCCUAUCAGAGUGAGACAUGGAUGGCACAGGGCUCCAACUUGCCCUGCCGGGGCCCUGUCUCUUAGCACAGUGGCCAUGGACUAAGGAGAGGGGGAAGGAAACCAAAGAGACUCCUUCUUCCUCUCUCUCGGAAAUAUAUUGUCGGUGGGUCCACCCUGAAGAGGUUAAAAGCAACUCUCCAUCUGGGUCAGCUCUAGGACCAAGCAGGCGGCAGAACCUGGAUCGGGAGCCAUAUUAAGAUGACUCUGGGGAUCGCAGCAGUCCCUAAGUGAUCACAUCACAGCUCCUGUAACAGUAGGACAUGAUAUCUUAUGAGAUGCUCCUACCCUCAGUGGAGUUCUUCAGAAACCCAGCCUCCUCCAUAAGCCUUGAGAGAGGUGGGGCCAGGGAUUCUUUUCACUCCGCAGGUCUCCGUGCAACCCUCUGCUCCCAAGCUGGCACUACCAGCUUCUGGCCGCCUCCUUCAUUCUAUUCUCCAGAGAAGGCAGAAGAAACAGUGGAAAGCAUUAUCCCAAUGGGAAGCCAGGGUCUGAAGAAGGUGCUACUGCUCUUCCCUUCGGUACCCAACAUGGCAGAGGAUAUAGCGCACAGCUAAUCUGUACACGCCAUUGUGCUUGGCGCUGGAGGAACUGGGGCAGCCUGGGAGGAAGCUUCCUACCAUCUGCCCUCAUACACACCCUCCAAGCCCAGCAUGGAGGAUCCAGGAUUGGCAUCUGCUGCUCCUGUCCCCUCCCACCCUAUGGCUGUGAAAGACAGGACUGACCACACGUGUGUUUUCCAUUGGGUUUAAUGUGACGGAUGUGCAGUUUCAUUUGUAAAUGUGCAUUGGCCAUCUCCUUCAGUGCUGGGAUGUGAACGGCUAUCUGGCUCAACCAGAGGGGACCCUUGGGACCUUCUGAGCCUUCUCCUCCUCUACCUGGUUGGGUGGAGCAAAAGGAUAGUCACUUUUCUGAGGUCUCCCGGAAAUGAAUGUAUUUCUCCCCCAAAAGAGCUGAUAUUUAAUGUUUUACUAGGGAUUUUUGAGAAACAAAUAACCUUAUUUAUAAUCUGGGUGAUCCAAUCAUUUUUUUACUCCCCUUUGAUGCCAUACCUAGAGGAAAGGCAGGCUUUUUGGCGUGAGACUUUUGCAACCUGCAGUGGGAUAACACAUUUCCUCUUCUGGUUCAUUUUUCUUGUUAAAAUGCAUACAUCCACACAUAAACCCUUCCACUCAGCACCGUGACAAGCUCCCUACUCAGCACGGACGUGUGUGCAUACGUGCACAUGGAUACACAUGCCUUCAUCUCCCUCCCAGCCCCUUUCACCUGCCCCAUGUUAUGCAACCUCCUUCUGAUGUAUCCACCAAACCAGUACUGAAUGUGGCCGCGGAUUUCCAGUAAACCUUGUCACCUACCGAAA